CUGCCGCACGGAGAGCGAUUCAGUUUAGUGAUGGACUCUCUGCAGCGGACGAGAGGAGAACCAUUGAUCGGUCCCAUCCUGCACCGGUGGUUUACUGAAGAUUGGACUCAAGGUUGAAGCGCCAGGACUUUAUUGUGGUCUGCUUGCUGCAAGGAACGCUUUGAUUCUCCUGCACAGUGAAGACUGCUUACACAAUGGAAAGAUUUUACAAUCCUGGUCAGUCAGCACUGAGAAGGAGCAUCUUUCUCUUGGUCUUCCCUCUGCUUUUGUCAGUGCGUGCCUGCGGACAGUUAAUUAGAGGCCCACUGGACCUCCAAAAGACGUGUUUGUGCGCCAGCAAUAUUAUCAGCUGUUCCAAUGUGAAUCUCACAAGCCCCCCCAUCCCUCUUCCUAAAUACACAUCGGUGCUGGACCUCAGCUUUAACUCCAUCACCAAACUGCGAGCCGAGUGGACACCCGUCGUACUUAGUCACCUCCACACGCUGCUGCUUAACCAUAACAGGCUCUACUUCCUCUCCUCGGAAGCUUUCGUGCACGUGACUAGGUUGCGUUACCUGGACUUAUCCUCCAAUGAGCUCCGCCAACUGGACGAGUAUAUGUUCGAGCCUCUGGAGAAGUUGGAGGUGUUGUUACUUUACAAGAACAGCAUCUCACAGAUAGAUCCCUCCGCCGCUUUCUCGGGGCUAGCCAGCCUGAAGAAGCUCUACCUGAGCCAAAAUCUGAUCUCGCGCUUCCCCUUGGAGCUGGUGAAGGAGAGAAGCCGAAUUGAGACACUCACGCUGUUAGACGUCUCCUCCAACAAGAUCAAAGCGCUGGCGUUUCAUGAGCUUCAAGCUCUACCUGCGUGGAUCCAGAAUGGCCUGUACUUCCACAACAAUUCCCUUCCGUGUAGCUGUGAUCUUUACGAAGUGGUGGCACAAUGGAAUCUGAAAGACCUCAGCUCGGUCGUGGACUUCAAGGAUGAGCACACUUGCAUCCUCGCGGGUCAGCCCAGACGAAAAGUGGCCACCCUGGAACUGGACAAAGCCUAUUUGAACUGCAGCGAGGUCAGGAUCAAGGACAGACAAGCCUACCUGGAGCAGUAUGUAGCGCUGGACUGUGACACCAAGCAGAGAAAUGUGAUGAAGAGCUGGACCCUGCCAGGCGACAUACCCAUCUCAGCAACAAACAAAAGUGCAGUCAUACUAAAAGACGGAAAUCUUCAGAUUGGACCUUUGAAAGAAGAUGACUCGGGCGUGUACACUUGCUACGCCGUUGGAAACACCCUGAAUGAGACCCUCCAUAUCACCGUCGUAGUCUUUAACACCACCGCAAACACCGGCUUGGAAAACCUGAAGACUGCAUACACCACCCUCAUAGCGUGCCUGAUCAGUAUAGUGAUGGUUUUCAUCUACCUCUACUUCACACCUUGCCACUGUUUCUGCUGCCCAGGUCAGGAUCUGGAGAAGAACGACCCGACAGGCAGUUUCCAUUCCUCCGCUAUCAGCAUCGCUCAAGCCCACCAGGAGACUGGAUCAGAAAGAGGCAACGGGGCCAGUAAAGACUUCCCGUAUGACACCAAGGACUCGCUGGAGCAGAAUGGGAAGUUGAACCCGAAAGGUGAAGAGGAUAGAAAGAUGGGGAAUAAAAGGAGAAAGGCAUCUGUCACCUCCGUUAGCUCAGACACCCCUAUGAUGGUGUAAAAUUUUUUGCGGGGAGAGUCUGCAAAACCACUGUGCAUGCAUAUGAUAUUACCAAAUUAAUCAAAAGACUAAAAACUGGAAGACCGACAUCAGUUUACUCCUUACCUAAAGAGUGAUGCUGUAUUCUGAGUAACCUGAACAAUCCUUCAUACAAUAGGCUGUUAAUGCCAUCCAGGAAGCUUUUUUUUUGCCCACGGGACACAAACGAGAGAGAGGACCUGAAAGGUUCUGGGCAUUAGUGCCCAACCCUGAGUAAACCAGACAGCCACAACAGCAUUAGUGCAGUCAUCACACGACGGCCCUGGCCAAAUCAGACACUAAUACAGUAGAAACAGUCAGGCAACAAAUCAGUAAAACCUGAAACAAAUAGCUUUCUAGAAUAAACAAGUUUGCCUUGAUUAAAAAGUUAUUAAAAGAAAAAAAAAACACUAUGGAAAUGAUAUAAAUUUACAGGUGCUCAACACAAAAAAACGUCUGAUGUUAAAAAAAAAAAAAAAAAGGUGUAGCAAUGAACUAUCUUUUCUCUUAUUAAUUUGCCAUAUUUGCACUUUGUCAGGACCACACUGAAAAAGAAAAUAGAUACUGGUAGUAUGAGAAUAAAUACUACCAGAAGAAUAUUACCAGAAGAACCAUGGACAUUUACAGUGGUAUGAAAAACCUCUUGGAAUUUAUCACAUUUCUGCAUAAAAUCACCAUCAAAUGUGAUCUAAUACUUGUCAAAAUCACACAAAUGAAAAUACAGUGUCUGCUUUAACUAAAACCACUCAAACAUUUAUAGGUUUUCAUAUUUUAAUGAAGAUAGUAUGCAAACAAUGACAGAAGGGGGGUAAAUAAGUGAGCCCUCUGACUAAGAAGACUUAAAGAGUAAUCAAAACCAAUUUUUACCAAACAUUUUAUGUCAGGUGUGUGUGCCCAAUCAAUGAUGAGUGGUUUAAAGCUGCCCUACCUACUACAAAACACAGACCUGGUAAUAAAUAUCUUUAGGAGAACCAUUGUCUGAUGUGCAUCAUGGUUCGGUCAAAAGAGCUGUCUGAAAACCUACGAUCAAGGAUUGUUGAUUUGUAUAAAGCUGGGAAAGGAAACAAAACGAUCUCUAAAAGUCUGAAUGUUCAUCAUUCGACAGUCGGAAAAGUUGUCUACAAAUGGAGAGAGUUUGGCACAGUUGCUUCUCUCCCAAGGAGUGGCCGUCCACCAAAGAUGAUGCCAAGAGUUCAGCGCAGAAUACUGAGAGGGAUAAAAGAACCCUAGCGUGUCUGCUAAAGACUUACAGAAAUCACUGGCACAGUCCAUUAUCUCUGUGCACACAUCAACGAUAUGUAAAACUAUGGCCAAGAAUGGUGUUCGUGGGAGGACUCCAUGAUCAUUGCUGCUCGUUUAAUGUUCGCAAAAAGGCACUUGGACACUCUGAGAAGGUUUGGCAAAAUAUUUUGUGGACUAAUGAAACCAAAGUUGAAUUGUUUGGGAGUAAGACACAACGUCAUGUGUGGAGGAAAAAUGGAACAGCUCACUAACAUCAACACCUCAUCCCCACCGUGAAGCAUGGUCGAUGGAGCAUCAUGAUUUGGGGCUGUUUUGCUCCCUCAGGGCCAGGACAACUUGCAAUCAUUAAUGGAAGAAUGAAUUUAAAACUUUAUCAGGAUGUUUUGCAGGAAAACCUGAGGCCGUCUGUCAGACAGUUAAGGCUAAAAAGAGGAUGGAUGCUGCAACAAGACAAUGAUCCAAAACUCAGAAGCAAAUCAACUUCAAAAUGAAGUUGAAGAAUGAAGAAGAACAAAAUACACGUUCUGAAGUGGCCAAAUCAAAGUCCAGGCUUGAACCCCAUUGAGAUGCUGUGGCAUAACCUGAAGACAGCAAUUCACGCCAGACAUCCCAGGUAUUUAAUUGAACUACAGCAGUUUUGUAGAGAAGAAUGGGCCAAGAUUAGUCUUGAUCAAUUUGCAAGGCUGUUCUGCAGCUACUGGAAGCGUCUGGUUGAAGUUGUUGCUGCCAAAGGGGGGACCCCCAAAAUUAAAUGCCAUGGUUCACUUACUUAUUUCUCCCCUUUCUGUCAUUGUUUGCAUACUACCCUCAUUAAAAUAUGAAAACCUUUAAAUGUUUGGGUGGUUUCAGUCAAAGCAGGCACUGUUUUUUUCAGUUGUGUGAUUUUGACAAAGAUCAGAUCACAUUUGAUGGUGAUUUGAUGCAAAAAUGUGAGAUAUUCCAAAUGGUUCAGAUACUUUUUCAUCCGACUGUAGAACUGAUUUGAAGAACUAUUUGGGGAAAGAAAAGGCAUAUUUUACAAGAGUAAAAAACUCGUUAAAUCAUAUUACCUGGAUGAACAUAUGAAAAGUCAAUUGAGAAAGUGGAUGCUCAUCUCGGGCUGUUAAAUUGUGUGGGAAUCGAUUUCCUCUAUUAUCAUAAUAUAACAACUAACGUAUAUUUUUCAGUGUGGCCCUAAUUUUCCUCUGUAGCAUUUGAAUGAGUUAAAUUCUCAAGCACCAGCAAUGUCUUUAAGCACUAAGACAUUGGAACUAUGCUUGUACUAAUCAUAAUGUAGCAACCUGAUAUUAAAGAUCUAAACAAAUCUACUGAAUAUAUAUGUGGUGUGCUAAUUGCUGUACACGCUGUUUCAGCAAUAAGAUACAUCAGCAUUAAAUGACAAAAGAACACGAAUAACAAAACCUCAAAUACCUUACUUGUUUUGCUUUACUACAGCCAUGAAAUGGGAUAUGCUAAAAAGUUGACAUCAUCAGCUCUCUUUAAUGCUGAUUUAAUGCCUACGAUAUUAUGUGACCUUGUGGGUAAGGCUAGAGGUUCUAUAUCGGCUCGUAUAAAUAGAAAGAGGGAGCAACUUGGCAAGUAGCACAUAGAAUAUUUAAGAGGUCACUGACAAUUAUCCUGUUGAAGCUCAGCGCUGUGGUAUUUUAUCCAGCAACAUUAUUGCUGUUCACUCCCACUGGUCACUUCAGACAUUCUACAUUACAACAGUAGCGUCACCAUGUAGGAUGUUUGAAAAUUCUCCUCCAGGCAUGAAAUCAUUCUUGUUUUCUGGCAUUUUACAGCACAGGGAGAGCAAACCGAUACGAUAAGUUAUUCAUUUGGUUGCCUUUUAAUAUUAAUCAAGUACAAUGAUGUAUUUUAUAGUAUUUUAAAAUAAUGUUUGUGACGCUGAUACACAUGCAUUGUUUUAAUUGUACUUUCAAGACAAAGGAAAGAUAAACACUUCAGGCCAAAACCUGAAUUAGAAACACGGUGCCCACAUACUGAACUUACAAAAAUACAUCUUGACCUAUCAUAACAUACCCAUUGUGGAUUCCUCAGAAUAGCAAGACAUUUUGGAGAAUUGAACAGGGCAGAAGAACAUGGUCUGAAGACUCUUUUCUGUUCCAGUUUGUGCUACAGGUUCAGAAAGACAUUUUGGGGUGACUGAUAAUUUGUUCCAUUGAAUAGUUUUAUCAUUACAAUAUCAUUUCAUAAGGUUGCAUCCUCUAUUACCAAUACUGACCGACUAACAGAGAAGCAACAACACAAAAGCAGCAUCAGGUUUCACAGCAAAGCUGACCUGAUGCUCGUCUACAUCAGACUUUAAUCUGCUAAGUGUGCUAGAAGCCUGCUGGCUCAUGUUACAAUAUUUCGUUAAUACAGACUGCCUUGAUUACUUGUGAAAUUGGUUGGCGCACCAAUGCUACAGUACAGUCAAAUUACUGUAUGUGCUUCCUUUAACCUCCUUUUUUGGAUCGUUAUGAUCUUGCUGUCAAUCGUGGUAUCACCACCUCAGAAAUUUUUCACAUGGGUGGUCAGAUGGGCACACCAAAACUAAAAGCCAUAAUUUCAGGAUAUUAUUCUGUUGAAGUCAACCGACCUGUGGAAAGGUAUCAGAAAGACAGAAGAACUGCUUGCUGGUGUACUUUGCUUAUUUGCUGUUACUAAUGAUGCACAGACUAAUAACAAUACUGUUAACAUUUUGAGUUCCACAACUAUGUUUCAUUAUUGGGUAAUGACUAUAUAAGGCAUAAGGUGGAAAUUUAAGUGUUCUGUUCUUGACAGGGCGAUAUCUGUGCUUAACCAGGGGCAAAAUCAUUUGUUCUUACAUUAAAAUUAUAAUACGUGGGGGCAUUCAUAAUUAUUAUUUAGACCCUCUCCAUAGUAAUGAUCAAUUCUAGCUGUAAUAACAGCCUGAGUAUGCAUUUCUUUUCGGACAAACGAACCUCAAUUAUCAACAUACAUGAAUCAAAACGCUUUAAAUGAUUGUCAUGAAUUUAACCCUUUCAUGCGCGAAAUAUGAUUUUGUUUAACUCAGUCAUUUAACUCAUUGGCUGACAUUGAUGGCGCUAGACGUCCUAUCCAUUUUGACUCGGAGGAUCGAAUGAACGAACGUUGAUGAUGAGUAUUCAGUCGGUCAUCCCGGCAUGCAAUGAGCUAAAUACUAUGUAAAAAAAAAAAAAAAAAACUUUUGUGUCACUUGGGGCCGUAACCAGCAUACAUUUCUCUUUUUAUUCAUUUUAAUGUAAUUAAUUCCUUUUUUAUUAAAAUUGUAUGACCAAUUUAUCAAUGUACGCAAAAUUAUAAUAAAAAAUACAUUUUUUUUGUUUUGUUUUAAUAAGGGUUUAAGACCUGAAGUGUCAACUUUUGAAUAGUUGUCCACUGUAGUGACCACUGUCCCUGAAAGGGUUAAUGGAAACAUAAUAAACAAAGUCCUGUACAUAUUUCUCCAGCUGACGUUAGUCUAUAGCAGGGGUGUCCAAACAUUUUGCAAAGGGGGCCAAAUUUGGUGUGGUAAAAAUGUAGGGGGCCAACCUUGGCUGACGUCCUUUACGUAGAACAAUAUAUUUAAGCAAAUUUUAGCAAGCCAUUCUGUGUGUCACAUUUGCUUAAUUAUUUUUUUUAAUUAAUAAUUUCAACAAUCUCGCAACUAGCCUUUGUGGCGUUCUCUUUCAACUCUCAGGCUCUUGCGAAAUACUGCUGCUGUGAAAUUAAACUAGCUUCAAGUUGCUUCAAUUUCUCGCUGCGUAUCUUCCCUGUAAUCUUGUCGUACAUGUCAGCCUGUCUUGUUCGGUAAUAUCGCCUCACAUUGAACUCUUUAAAAACAGCGACUGUCUCUUUGCAAAUGAGGCAGACACAGUUGCGUAUUUUAGUGAAGAAAUAGUCCAAUUUCUACCUAUUCUUGACGCGUCAGCCAUCGCAGUCAACUUUUUGUUUGUUGAUUGUCGCCAUUUUAGAAAAUUGGAAGGGUCACACGGGGUGAUGUUGCUUAGAGUGCUGCUGCCUUUUAGUGGGUAAAUGAGGAGCAGCAUUUAGUGUGUAAGCUACUUCAUAUGCUGGUAGCAGUUCUGCUGAAAUUUUUUUUAAGUCUGUCCAGACGUUAUUGAUUUUAUGACAGAGGCUGGGGGCCGGAUGAAAUUUGACCACGGGCCGCAUUUGGCCUCCGGGCCGGACUUUGGACAUGUCUGGUCUAUAGGCUAGUCUUCAACUUCAUUAUCAUGGCCACGCAGUCAAUAGGGUGGCCAGUACAUUCAUAAGAGGGGGGCCGUAGCCACCCCCUGGGGGCGCCAUUGUUCCACAUCUAGUGGUAUUUUGCUUUGCAGCAAUAACCUAUGACGUUAUAAAGGGUCAGUGCGGCAAAUGUGCAGCAAUCUAACGGCCAUCGUGCCGCACUCUCAUGUUACCAUGUUUACACACGAUAGAGGGAACACACAGUAGCUGGAGUAUACUAGAGUCGACAAUACACGACUCAUCCCACUAAAUGGAAUUUAGGUUGGACUGAAAUUAGAAUUCAGAUCACUUGAAAAAUUGAACAGAUUAAUUAACUGGAAAGAUAUGUAACAGCCUGAGGCAGAUAUGACAUAUGUUGUCACUGAACAAACAAAGCUUAGUUUGAAAGUCCUGGAUUUUAAGUAAGAUGACUCAUCCUUUCCUCCUGGGACGUUUACAUGAAAGUGAAUGCCACUUUGAAACGGUUGCUCAGUGAGCGUGCUGCCAUCUAGCGGCGACAAUGUUUAACUACAACAAAAGCCCGCACGUGGGAUUCUCGUGUUGAGGUUGAAAUCGUGCAUACAUUCGGUUAAAAUUCUGCGUCAUUUACUUAUUCAAUGUUUUCGACAGAGUGUGUAGCUGCAAUCUCUAUUAAUUACCAUUGAGAUGAAGCAUGAAUAUUUUUUUUAGAAUGCCCCCUUUCCUUGCUGAGCCCAAACUCAGUUAAAGGUCAGUGAGCAUAUUUGUGGUUUAUUUGGUCACAUGAGGAAACAUUUUUUCGCUUUUUUUCUGAUUCUUUCGAGCCGUUGUGAAUGAGAGGCUUGAUCAAAAUCCACAAAGGAUGUCCUGAUCUCCUAUUUCUAUAUGUCACCUGACUUUUAGUAUCCAUCAAGAAGAGGCAAAUAUAUAUAUACAUAUAUUUCUUAUUAUUAAGUAUUUUUUCCCAAUUCAAACAAAGCUAUCCCAACAUUACUGCCACACAAAAGGGUUAUUUGUACAGCAGUUGUUUCAAUGAAGUGAAAAAGAUUAAAAAUCCCAAUUUUUUGUAUUUUAGAUAUGCAGCACAGAUUAAGUUGCAAACAAAUUACGUUUAAACAUUUUGUUUUAUAUGAAUAAACAUAUAUACCGUAAUUUUUGGGACUAUAAACCACUACUUUUUUCCCUUGUUGUGAAUCUUGCGGCUAAUAGUCCAGUGCGGCUUAUUUGUUAGUUUAUUUGUGUUAAUAGGUAACACUGAUUUGACAGCGGCAUCAUAAGACUGCCAUCAGACUGUCACAAGUCGAUCAUAAUUGU